UGCCUAUAUAAAUGUCCCCAUGCAGGAGACUGGAACUAGCUUGUAGAGGUGCCGCCUGCUGGAUUAGUUAGUUUUUGGACAAUAUCUGUGAAAGUGUCAGCAUCUUCUGCUUUUACCCUGCUCUCCAGCAGCCUCUCUGGUUCGUACGUCUGUCCCGGACGAGGGGGCGGUGUGGUGGCGCCACGUCAUAUCAGCCGCCGCGCUCUGAUUGGCUGCCGACUCUCACCCGACACAGCUGUGAUUGUUUUCUGCAGAGGAAGCUCUUGUCCCUGGUAUGAGCCCUAUGCAGUGGAAUUGAGCAGCACUGUGUUUUUCUCUGUGUGUGUGUGUGUCUGCUGAUGAUGAUGCGAACAAAAACGUGAUUUCACCAGUUGUUGUUGUUGUAACGAACAGGAGUGGAGGUUUCUCUUUGGACCAGACCCUGAAGACGUCCUGAAAUCAAGGCUAAAAGUGCCAAAUGCCCAGACUAGAGGACCACUGCUGGAGCUGCUCCUGUGCAUCGAGAAUUGAAACUAAGCACUCGUCUGGAGCCAACUGGUUAGCAUACAAAGCUGAAGAAAUGAUGUCCAUCAUCACCUCGGUGCUCAGCAAUGCCUACGGCUCUCUGCACGACGUCCGGACGGCCAACCUGAUCCGCCGGGGUCUCGUCCUCUUCUCCGUCGGAGCUUUCCUCGCCCUGGUGCUCAACCUGCUGCAGAUACAAAGACAUGUCACCCUGUUCCCCGAGGAGGUGAUGGCAACUUUGUUUUCGUCUGCCUGGUGGAUCCCUCCUUGCUGCGGCACAGGGGCCGCUGUUGUCGGCCUGCUGUAUCCCUGCCUCGACAGCCAUUUGGGAGAGCCGCACAAGUUCAAGAGGGAGUGGGCCAGCGUCAUGAGGUGCAUCGCCGUGUUCGUUGGCAUCAACCAUGCCAGUGUUAAACUAGACUUUGCCAACAACGUGCAGCUCUCCCUUACGCUGGCAGCCUUGUCCUUGGGUCUGUGGUGGACGUUUGACAGAUCUAGGAGUGGCUUUGGUUUGGGCAUCACCACUGCCGUCCUAGCUACUGUGUUCACGCAGCUGCUGGUCUACAACGGCGUCUACCAGUAUACGUCUCCAGACUUCUUAUAUGUACGCUCCUGGCUCCCAUGCAUAUUCUUCUCAGGCGGUGUUACCGUGGGAAACAUUGGACGCCAACUUGCCAUGGGUGGCAUCGAGAAACCCCACAUGGACUGAACUGUGAAAACACAGAAAAGCAGGCGAAGGACAGCCAAUGUAAAGAUGGACAAGUUAUAUGAAAAACGAGAAGAAUAACAGGAGAAAAAGACUCAUUGUUUUGACUUCAUCCUUUGUUCUUAUAACAAAGUGCGGGUCAGAAAAGCCCCUCAUCUAACGUGCCAUGUCCUCUGUACCUCCUUGUGGCCAAACAGCCUCUCCCUCCCACCUCUGUUCUACUCAAUUAGCAUUAAGGCUUCCUUCACACCAGACAGGAGGACAGUGUUUGCCUUUUUUUGUUUGUUUUUUGAAGUGAACGGUUGACCGGUUUGAUUUUCUCGCUGGAAGUGCGUGUCUUUCUGCAGUUUAUGGAGUGGAGGCGUGCAUGUGUGCUUUAGUGUGGAUGCAUUCUGGUCUUAGCGGAGAAGACUGUUUUGUUUUUAGCCUAAAUAUAUAAUGAUCAUAAAAGGGAAAUGUUGUAUGAAUGAGCAAAAAAGGAAAUGUCUUCACUCAAUGCAAAGAAAUGCAUUCAGUGGCCUCAGUUGCGUCACAGGAGCCCAGGGGAGAUGUAUGUUCCCACUCAAACCAAAUUAAGUAUUUAUUUUGCAUGUUUGUUUUUUUUGAAUGACCCCAAACCAAAUGUACUGUAGGGUUGAUAAUGAAUGUUGCUUCCCAUUUUGAAAGGAAACGUUGGAAAGUUACUUUCUGGCUCAGAGUGAGAUGAGAAGAUUAUUGCCACUCAUAUCUGUACGGUGUGUAGCUAAAGCCGGCAGCAGGGGGAAUUGUAUUGGUACAUAUUUACCAUAGAGAUGUUUUCCGCUAACACGUUUUAGACAAACAGAAAAGAGUAUUGUUAAGUAGGGAGAAGGAAGCAUUAGUCAAAGCAUUAGUCUGGAUUGAAAAACAAAGCCAUGUGCAUUUUGUUUUGUUUUUAUCAGCAGAGUGAGGAAAGCCACCACGGCGGACCGUGUUUUUUGGAAGAAUGUACCAGGAGUAUACUACAAAUACUUUUGCCAGCAUCUGUCAGCCACUGUUAACUCAGUUAAAAAAAAACACUUUACAGUGAGGUUUUGAAUUUGUUACCAGGUGUUAAAUGUCUUUGUGAUCAUACACACUUCCCACUCCAAAGUCAAACUAGCGGUAAUAGGUUGGGAACAUACACCGGGUGAAGGAGAGGGCAGGACAUUAUUACUUAAGAUUUGCAAUCUGUGAUUGCCUUUGUAUUAUAGAAUGUAGUGCUUUUGUCACUAUAACAGUUUAGUUUGAUCAUUUGUAUAAACAUAAUGACAUUAUUGCUCACGUAUAAUGGCUUUCCUAUGUAAACAGACAGGUAUUAUUAUCAUACUAGACCUACAGUAUGUUAGUUAGCGUUUGGGGGGUCUAGAGGAUUAAGUGCAAUCAGAGUAUACAUGAGCCGAUUAUUCUUCCUUAUUUAUUAUUAUUAUUUCUGACAAUGGCUAAAAACAAAAUUAUAACUUGUAAGUAUAUGCAGUGUGGAUACUUCAAAAGAAAGCAAUAACAUGUUUGUUUUGUGUGUCAGAGAUUACAUGCCUUCAGAGUCUAUACCAAUGACUCAACAGAGAGACGACAUAAAAAAUAAAUGUAUUGUGUCAAACUGUUGUACAAAAAUCUCAUUUAGUUGCACCGUCGAAGGAAAGCUGAUUUAUUUUUUCAAAAACCUUUUUUCGCGGCAGAUCACUUCAGGUUGGAUUUGCUUACAUUCAGGUGUGUUAAACUGAAGAGGAAGCUUUAUUUUUUUUGAGGAUGUGAAGGACCUUUUGUUUUAAUGUUUUAGAGUUUCUGUGUGUCUGAUAUUUCAGCGGUGUUCAAUCAUUUUUGCUACCAUGGAUUUAGGUGAAAAAUAAAAACACCUGAUAAGGA